UGAUAUUAUUACAAUAUGCCUGUUCCGUUUGAAGCUCUUAUUCCACUUGGCCUUGUUACGGCUAUGUUUGGCGUAACCGGUUCAUUGCUGAAUUUAUCUAGAAGGUAUAAUAAUGAAGGAAAGCCUCCAAGGCACAGUAUGGAUAAAUGGGAUAAACAGAUGUCAGAACGCGACAAAAGACUGACAGGAAGUUCAAGUCAUCAAUCAGCUGAACCAAUUGCCCCACCAGGAUUUAAUACAAGUAGUAUUUAUUAUUUGACAAAUAAAAAACUUUGAGAUGUUAGAACUAAAUAUGUAUGUAUAUAAUCAUAAUUCAUGAAAUGAUUCCUUUAUUUGCUUGCAUUGAGUAUUAUGGUAGAAAAAUCUUUGUGGAAAUCAAAGAGAAGCAUGUGAUAAUGAUAGAUAAUAGUGACAAGGGACAUACUUUUUCCAAGAAAGAUGUACAGUAUCAUAAGACUAA